AUGGUGUCUUGGGCGCUUGCAGACGAGACUUUUGAUGUCGUUCCGUUCCUCUAUCUUCCUGUUUUUGCUUUGGUGACCUACCUAGUAUGCACGCUGUUCUAUAACAUAUAUCUCAGCCCUCUGUCAAAAUUUCCAGGUCCAAAACUUGCCGUAUGCACAGACCUCCUAAGUAUAUACUGGACGUCGACGGGUCAAUAUCAUUACAAGCUCAAGGAUCUUCAUGAUACAUAUGGGGAUGUUGUGCGAACUGGUCCCUCAACGCUCAUAUAUCGCAGUGUUCAGGGUUGGAAAGAUAUCUACGGCCACCGCAAAUCGGGAGAUUUGUCGUUUGCAAAAGACCCCAAGCUCUAUCUGGUUGGUCCAACCGGACCGACCCUUAUCAAUGCCAAUGAUGCAGACCACUCUAGAGAAAGAAGACUUCUCUCCCAUUGCUUUUCCGAAAAGGCACUAAGAGAACAGGAAGGCCUGAUCCAGUCCUAUGCUGAUUUACUAGUUGACCGAUUGAAGGGAGAGAUAGCCGCGUCUAGGGAAACAGUAGAUAUGACUCAAUGGUACAAUUUCACCACAUUCGACAUAAUUGGAGACUUGGCCUUUGGCGAGCCCUUCGACUGCCUGCGGGAUAAGCUUUAUCAUCCGUGGGUUAAGACAACCUUCACAAGUUCAAAGGCGGCCAUGAUACAGAGGCCACUUGCAAUGUAUCCUUUGCUUGCACCCAUCCUGAAGCAGUUUAUCUCGAAAAAAUUGAUCCAAACGCGAACGAAUCACUUUAAUAUGAGUGCGGAGAAGGUUGCUCGUCGUCUGGCGACCAAGACUAGUCGGCCAGAUUUCAUGAGUUACAUUCUCCAAUAUACUGGUGACCGGUCUAUGACUGAGCGGGAGAUGAAAGCGAAUGCUGGGGUCUUAAUACUUGCUGGCAGUGAAACGACUGCUACUCUGCUCUCCGGAUUCACCUUUCACAUCUUGGCCAACCCCACGACUUAUCAAAAACUAGUCGACGAGAUCAGCGCAUUCAAAUCAAAGGACGAGAUAACUUUCCAAAGCGUGAGUCAGCUCACUUACCUCAAUGCUGCCCUUGAAGAAAGCCUGCGAAUUUAUCCACCUAUUCCGGGAUUUCUUUCACGGAUUGUACCGCAAGGGGGCGCCUUGAUUGAUGGGCAUUUUAUUCCAGAAGGUGUCACCGUAGCUGGAGCUCACUACUCUACCUACCACUCAAAAGACCAUUUCGCCGAAGCAGACUCGUUCAUUCCUGAAAGGUGGCUGGAUAAUAGAGAUGAGCGCUUCGAGUCUGAUUGUCGGAGUGCACUCCAACCCUUCUCCCUCGGGCCGCGGAACUGUCUUGGAAAGAACCUUGCUUAUGCGGAAAUUCGGCUUAUUGCUGCCAAACUUUUAUGGAGCUUCGAUAUGACCCUGGAUGAGGCUUCAUCUGGCUGGAAUAUCCAAAGAUCAUUCCAUAUCUGGGAGAAGCCUCCUUUGAUGGUUAAAUUGUCGGAGGCCCAGCAUUGA